AUGAAGUACCAACGUAUGCCCAUCGAAAUAGAGUCGCCCGAGGAAUAUGGCUAUGAUAAGAUUAAAUACAACCUCUCCGAGAGCUCCAUUUCCGAUCAAAGCUUCAAGUCGCUUGGCUUAGAAGUUCCGAACCUGACACUUUUGUACAACGAACAUCGAGGCAGCAUACGGCUCAGAGAGUUGAUUGCUGCCAACUCCGGUUUGGACAAGGAUGACGUCCUAAUCACUUCGGGCGCUGCCGGCGCACUCUUCAUUAUUUCGACUUCACAACUCAGUCAGGAUGACCAUCUUGUUGUCAUUCGUCCCAACUAUGCCACCAACCUUGAAACGCCCAAAGCCAUUGGCUGUGACAUUACUUUUGUUGACUUGGAUUUUAACAAAGAUUUCGAGAUCGACGUCGACUUCAUCGCCAAGUCAAUUAAGAGCAAUACCAAGAUUGUAUCUGUUACUUGCCCCCACAACCCGACCGGCACCGUUAUGUCGAGAACCACUUUGGACCGUCUUGUCGCCGUUACCAAGGAAAAGGGCUGCUUGCUGUUAGUGGAUGAGACCUACAAAGACAUCCAUUUUGGCAGUGAGCUCCCCAUAGCGGCGUCUCUUGGGGAUCACGUUCUUAGCGUUGCAUCGCUCUCCAAAUCGUACGGAGUUCCCGGCAUUCGUAUCGGAUGGGUGGUCACGCAGAACAAACAACUGCAGGAAACCUUCCUCGCCGCAAAGGAGCAGAUCAGUAUUAGCGGCAGCGUCAUUGAUGAGUGGAUUGCCGAGCAAAUCCUGGCCGACAAGGCUUCCAUUAUCAGUAAAACGACCACCGAAAUGAAGGCACGUUUGGACGUUGUGAGUGCAUGGAUUGAGAAAGAAGAAUUGCUGGAAUGGGUGCGACCAGCUGGCGGCGUUGUGUGUUUUCCGCGUAUGAAAAAGGAACCUGUUGGAGGAACGGCGGUGUUCUAUGAGCGAUUGUUGAAUAAAUACCACACAUACAUAGGACCGGGACACUGGUUCGAGAUGCCGGAUACGUAUUUUCGAAUUGGCUUUGGGUGGCCUACAAGGGAUGAACUGGAGGCUGGACUGAAGGCCAUCUCUCAAGCUUUGAGGGACUCUUAG